UAAUCCAAACUCUCCCUGCCUUUCUAAACACCUCUCUGCCUCCUGACCUCUGCCAAUCUCUCUCUCUCUCUCACACACACACAUAUUAUAUUACUUAGCAAGUUUCUCAUAAUUAAACUUUUUUCCAGACAUAUCGAACCAAUUCGAUGGCUUUGGAAACGGUUGUGUUUCAGCAAGACCCAUUUAGUUGCAAAGAUUCAUGGCCCUACUCUCUGCUCAGACAAUAUUUGGACGAUGCCGAUCAUCAAGAUUCCGAAUAUUACUCUUCAUCGACUGCGCGAGAGAACUCCGACAAUUUGAAGGAUAACUUGGGCGAAAUCAGCACCAACUCCUCAGCGUCAUCAGAGGAUAAUGGCGGCGGUACAGGGGGUUUCCCAUCGGUGGCGGCUGUGACAGUUCGGAGGAAGAGGCGGAGGGCCAGACCGGUGAAGAACACGGAGGAAGUGGAGAACCAGAGGAUGACCCACAUUGCAGUGGAGCGGAACCGCCGGCGCCAGAUGAACGAUUACCUCGCCAUCCUCCGCUCCAUGAUGCCUCCAUCCUACGUUCAAAGGGGAGACCAAGCUUCAAUAAUAGGAGGAGCCAUUAAUUUCGUGAAGGAGCUGGAGCAGCUCCACCACUCCCUCGAGGCCCUCAAAGAAACAAACCUAUCGCCGACACAACAUUCACCGUCGAUAUUCUCGGACUUCUUCACCUUCCCACAGUACUCCACCACGACCACUCGGCACAGCGGCAGCUCAAGCUCCGAGGCGGCCAUAGCAGACGUGGAGGUGACUGUGGCAGAUGGCCAUGCGAACAUCAAGGUGAGGUCAAGGAGGCAGCCGGCGCAACUGCUGAAGAUGGUGCUGGGGCUGCACUCCCUCCGCCUCCACGUCCUCCAUCUCACCGUCACAGCCGCUGAUCCCGUGGUCCUGUUCUCUUUCAGCGCUAAGGUAGAAGAAAGUUGUGAGCUGAACUCGGCUAACGAGAUUGCAGCUGCUGUGCAUGAGCUGGUGGCUAGGAUCCAAGAGCAGGCUUGCUGCGUUUAAUAAGUUAUUACAAUAAGAUUAGACAUGUAUAUUCCUUAUAUAUACAUAUUACUUAUUUUAAGCUAGCAUUGGAAUUUGGUUAAGUAAGUUAACUAAAAAAAAUGCAUAUAUUAUGUUGAGAUUGUUUUCCAAUAAUAAGGAUUUUUUUUUUUGUGUAGUAGGUUAAGAUUUGUAUGGGUUCAAGCAAAGCAAGGAACAGAAAAUCUGUAUUUAGAUGUGCUCAAUGUCUCUUUUUUGUUUUUUUCAUUAGAUGUGUUCAAUGUCAAAACAUAUGCUGUUCAAGGUCACAUGGUCGAGCAUCAUUGUGCAAGUAA